UUUUUUGAUUUUGACAUGUUAAUAUCAACAUGUUUGAAAUGUUUUUGCAAUGACAGGUUCGGAGGAUCUGGCGGUGCAUGGACAACGACUACAAAAGAGCGCCAAAAAUGGAGCAGACCACACCAUCUUCCCAGCAAUCUCUAAGCAUCUACCAGGAUGGAUAUUCCAGCUUUCACAGCAGACGCCUCCCGCUCCAGUACAUCCUCUACUAUGGCUAGCAAAAGGCAAUCAGCUUCCUCCAUCCGAUCAUCUACUUACCAUUCUACCUCAUCAAUGCUCAACAACCAGCAGCCACCGCUCACAGGCUGCAAAGCUGCCACACCAUUCGGCCGAUGCAACAGUCCUAUCGCCGAAUCCGAUAAAUUCUGCAUAUACCACCGUCACUCUCCCUUAGCUGAAUCCGAUCGGAAUGCCGAGGCCUGGAUGAGUAAGACUUUAGAUAGUCUAUUUAAGCUGCCGAAAAGGGAAAAAAAGGAAACAGCCAAACUCGCUAGGAAGGAGGUUAAGCUUGCUCUUUGUUGUGUCUGUUUUCGUCGAAUUCAUGAUUGUCAGUGUGAUGGACAAGGUUUCUGGAGGGAGCGCUGAUGUAUUUUACGUAGAUGCUGUUAAUUUGUUUAUGAUGAACAUGCUUCAGUUUAAAG